AACUGGACCCUGCGCUCCUUCCAACAUGCACAAGAAAAUAGGUUGCAAUACUUUACUGUAUAGAAGAACAGACGAGAAGAGGCAACCUCCGUAAAAUAUACCUGCAAAACGCAAUAGUAAAUACAUUAAAGUUCGACAUAAGGAGGAUUCAUUUACACGUUUCAUUUUGCCUUUUUAUAAAGACAUUCCAUAUCAUUUUUUAAACCAUGCUUCAGAGGAGCGGACUUUUCCUGCUGCUUGCGCUGACUGCGUCUGCCUACGAAUCGGAUCAGAACGAGUCCUUCUCACCGAGAAGAUCUCGGGUCUCCGCCAGCAGUCCUUCAGAUGUGGCACGCUGUCUCAACAGCGCCCUCCAGGUGGGUUGCAGUGCCUUUGCUUGUCUGGAGAACUCCACCUGUGACACAGAUGGCAUGCAUGAAAUCUGCAAGUCCUUCCUCUACAGUGCUGCUAAAUUCGACACUCAGGGUAAAGCCUUCGUGAAGGAAAGCCUGAAAUGCAUGGCUAGCGGCAUCACCUCCAAGGUCUUCCUUACCAUUCGCCGCUGCUCCACCAUCCAGAGGAUGGUGUCUGAGGUGCAGGAGGAGUGCUACAAUAAGCUGGACAUCUGCACUGUGGCCCGCUCCAACCCGGAGGCCAUUGCUGACGUGGCUCAGCUGCCCAGCCACUUCCCUAACCGGUUCUACAGCAAGCUCCUGCAGAGUCUGAUGGAGUGUAACGAGGAGACCGUGGACCUGGUGAGGACCAGCCUUGUUUCCCGGAUGGGCCCGGAGAUGGCCAUGCUCUUCCAGCUGCUGCAGAGCAAGCCCUGCCUAUCUGGGGAGGACACGGCCCCGACUGCGAUAGAAGCCCGAGGAAGCUGGCGCUGGCCCACGGGCCCACAGAUGCUCAAGGUUCACCCCAACCUGCGAAGUAGGGACCUGGCCAGCGUCUACACCAAGAAGCGCACUAUCGGUGACAACUCCUAAGUCGUCUUCAAGUGCAUAUGCGGCGUACACUGCAAAUCCUGUGGGGGAAAAAAAAACACAGUGCUCUCUUCCUUUGGGUGUGUGAGGACAUUUCCUUUCCAAACUUGGAAAACAAGUACCUUUUAAAAAAGUAUAUAUAUUGCUUGUGUUUCAGUCUUAUAUAUUGAUAGCAUAUGAGUGCAUCCUUUGAGUAUCUGGCCACUGAUGUAGAGUUUACUCUUGGUUCAACAGGUGUAUUCAUGCAUUCGAUUAUAAAAUGUAUUUUAUAUAUUUUAAAAAAACAAACAAAAAGAAGGGUCAGACUACUUUAUAUUUAAUAGAGUCAUAUCUAUAAAAGAUCAUUUUACUCAUGGUAUGGAGUAUUUCUUACAUAGUACAAUUACAACAGUGGAAAAAAGCAAAAGAGAUAACUAUUUGAAUAUUUAGGGUAAUUGGCCUACACUGUAAAAGAAAAUGCAUUGAGGAACAUUCGAUGAGCAUUUCAUCAGUCCCUAAAGCCCUUAUCAUUUAGCUGUGCUGGACUAUAAAGAGCCAUCUGUCCCCCUGUGUUGUUCUAUGAUUGUAAUUGAGCCAUUGGACUUUCACACCAGACAGGGUUUAUUUAUUUUUCCCUCUUAUUUUUGGAAAGAUGGGAAUCCUAGCAACUUUAGAGGUUAUUGCAGAACACCAAAAAAAUAAAUAAAAAUGAAGAUAAUCCCCCUCGGCGUCAAACUAAAUAUCUCUAAACAUGCUGGAAAAGGUUGGGGUGGUGAUUAAAAAAAAUGACAUGUAGCACAAAUGUCACAUCAAGAAUUUUAUUUUCCCCAAACCCUAUGGUGCACAAACAGGGUGGACAAUGAAACACAUCUCCAAAUUCAACCAGGAAACAAAUUUUAAAAAGCAUGUUCUCUUCAAUGUGCAAUCUGUAGCAUAACUGGUGAGUGAGUCAGUGCUGGAGAUGUAAACCUCUUCUCUGGAUUAAAAAACCACAUGAUCCCUUGACCCGGAGAAGCUGGUUCCUCAAUACUGACUUCCAGUGUCUGUUAGGAGGGAAAAUAACAAAUAUUUAAAAGCCUUUUUGGAAUACUAUUAAUAUUUAUUUUCCUACUAUAUUAUUUAAUUUGUUAUUUUAUUAAGUUGCUGUGGUUAUUCGUUUUGUAUGCUAGAAAUAAGUUACAGAUUUUAAAGAAAGGUUUGGCUGUGGCUCUCUGUUUCUUGGGGGGCACGGUGAAUCUUAAAGAGAGUCUGAGGUGUCUUCUGAGUUGACUGAAUAGGAUGCAUGUUAUGACUCUAUGCUGGUCAUGGGGGAACACAUUAGCCAUGCUAGUCAGGAGAUUUUUUUCCCUAGUGUUAAAUGGGACCAUACCUGAAACAGCUUAGCGAGGUUUGGAACUUACGUAUGUGUGGAGGAGGUCGAGAGACUCAUAUGUUUCACGUAUUCCUUUAGCUCUGAAAGACUGUCUUUGUCGAGGACUUUGUUUGUACUCCUGCGUAAGGUUCCAAACACGGCCAGUCAUGCGAAGAGGUCAGCCGAAUUAGCCGUCAUACUGUACAAGCACCCCAUGCUAUUUAUCUGGAAUUGUGAAAAUGCACAGUGUUUGCUGGAUCAAUUUUGACACUAUGCAAUUUAAAGUGAUCGUCUCUCGUGAAAGUUUGCCCCUGGGGAUUGGGGGAGAUGAUUUCCAAAGCGAUCUUACCGGAUACAGUUUGUUAAAACUGUACAUCACAGGCAAGCACUAUGCUAAGCUCUCGCUCGGGUCAGUUAGGGAGUCGUGAAAUUUAUGUGUAAGGACGAAGAAGGCUUGGGAAGACUAUGUGCUUCUGUGUCAGAAUACCAAAUGAUGUGCAAAGUGUAAAUAACUCACAACACUAUGCAAUAAUCUCUGAAGAUGGGGCUCUGCACUUAAACCCAUACUACAGCUGUGGCCGUGUGAAUCCACUAGUGCCUUCCUGUGGUAUGUGGGUAGAGUAGACGCCUCCAUAUUCACACCAACACAGUGAAUAUUAAGGUUUCCUCCCCUUUUCUUUUACCAAGUAUAGAAUUGCAGUUUUCCCUAUAUUGUUAUCAGGUUAAAGCAUUGCUUAAAAGUAGCCAAGAUGUAUAUGUUAUAAAGAAAAAUGUAUAUAAACAGGAAAUGUUCAGAGCUCUGUGUGUAAACAUGGAGACUAUUUAGAUAUAGCUUCACUUUAAUAAGCACUUUGCAUCUCUUAUGACCACUAUAUAAGGGCAUUUAAACUUCCAGCACUUGUUAAAAGUCAACCACAAGUCAACUUGUUCAGCUCGUAAACCUAACUUUGAAGUAUCAGAGGAGAAACUGUGUCUGCUGGAUGAUUAUGAGGAGCUAGGUUGUGUAGAUCCAAAUGGGUUGUGGUUACUGUGCUUAUUUUAACAACGGUUAGGGUUGGCAGGUGGUUCUGCCUUUGCGAAACGCCGAAACAGCCCGAUACUCGACAGCUGCUGCUAAACCAACGUGCUCACCCCGGCUGAGUGACGCUCCUGGGCCCCGCAUCGACGCCACCGCUGCCAGGGUGACCUAAUGGUGUCAUACUUCAGCUCAUUGUGUUCGCAGGUCAGAGGCUUUAACUGGCCACCUGUUUCCAUAUGUUUUUGGUGCAGACUGUUUUGAUCGAUGAGAUGCGACAAAAUGACAUAGGUGGACCUUUUUUUUUCCUUGUUCAUUUUCUACGUAGUCUUGCUUCUUUUCCAAUGGUAUUUUUUGACACACAGAUUGCCACCUCCUGGUGAAAUUAUGUAACUUCAGAAAGGUUUUCUCACCACUUUAUUUUGACUCUAUAAAUCAAGGGUCUAUAAGAUUUGGUGAACCUUAGAGAAUGUAUCUUAUAUCUCAAUGUCUGUAUUGGGGUUAGGGAGCCCAAGCUCAGUCGGUUCUGCUGGUCAGUUGGGUGGUGAAACUGGUAGAAACAUGUAUAAUGUGGUCAGUCUGGGUCACCGCUUACUAGAGUACUUGCUGCAAUUUAUAACAGCUACAUUAGGGUGUUGGUGGGGGGGGGGGCGAUUUAAUAGAAGCCAGUAAACAUAAAAACAUCCCUCUGAUUGUCUUCUGUGGCUCAAGACCUUAAUGCAGACAAGAGCCAGAAGCAUAUGCCUGCAUUGCAGUCAAAGAAGCUCAGAGUGUCUACGCCAGCUUCCAAUGCACCCAUGUUCCUAGGCUGAGGAACUAUGUCAGAACCUAGUAAAUGUAUCCAUAUUUGCAGAAGAGGUUGGGCUUUGGGCUCCCUGUGCUGCGCAAAUCUACGGUACUUGUUUCUUUCCUAUUAAGACUUGAAACCCAUCACUUAUCCCACUUGCGAGUAGGUGUUACAUUUUUGAGCCACUUCCAUCAGAUUCUUCUACAUCGCUAACUGUCGUCACGAUGCUUUGAUUCCACACUGAGUGAUGAAUGACAUCAGAAUCAUUUGUUUCAUCUUUUUCUUUCUUUGAAGUUCAUAUGUUAAGCAUGAUUGAACCUUGUGAUUUAUUUGCACUUUAAUACAUGUGUAUUUAAUUUCCACUUCAGUGCCAUUUGUUUGCAGCUGUAUAUUUAAUAUGAUGAAAGUCGCUGAAUCCAUCAAGCUUGUGUCUUUUGUUUUGGCCAAUGAAAGAAAUAAACUAAGAUCAUAUCUGG